UCCCCUUUUGAUAAGAUAUAAAAUAAGCACUGUAAGAGGCACGUUAUUUCAUUCUCCUCCUGAUCAAAGAUGGAUCUGCAAAUCUCAGUUUUUCUUCUCUUCAUUCUUUUCACUGCAGGACACUCUCUGAGAUGUUAUGAGUGCAAUGAUCCGAUGGGUUCUUGUGCAAAUCAAACGAUAGAAACAUGUCCCGUUGGAUCUUCUCAGUGCUUGAGUACAACAGCUAUGACACAAGUUGGUGACAUUCAUUCUAAAGUGAGUGUUAAGAGUUGUGCUCCUGGCUGUCUAAAUGUGUCCAUGAACUUGAAUAUUUUAAAGAUGACUACAUCCUGCUGCAACACAGACCUGUGUAAUGCCAAAGAUAAUUCAGAUCCCAGCACUAACGUUCCCAAUGGAAAGAAAUGUUUCUCUUGUGAUGGGAACAGCUGCUUAAACAUAAUGAGCUGUUCAGGGACUGAAGAUCGCUGUGUUAAAGCAACAGAGGCUUCUGGAGGCCAGUCAAUUGUUGUAAAAGGCUGUGCCUCUAAAUCCAUCUGUGAUUUUGCAUCAUUGUUUGGUGUUGAUGGCAUCUCAUGUUGUGAGGGGAACAUGUGUAACGGUGCUCCGAGUGUCUCCCAGAGCUUCCUGUUCCUCUGCUGUUCUCUGCUCUCCUACUUCCUGCUGCACUGAAUCCAGCAGCUCUUCAUUCUACAAUCAGACAUAUGCAGUAUAAAUAUAUAUAUAAAGAAUCUAAUGUGAUAAACUGAAAAGUAUACUAGAUAUUUUAUGAAAUAAAUUAUAUUAGGACUGCAAUAACAAAAAUCUAUUUAUCUUUCAGAAGAAAAAAAAUAUGACCAUUAUUUAUUUAUUCAAAUAACUAAAAGAAAAUCAUCUGUUUAGUUUUUCAAGAAUUUGUAAAACAAUAAUUGCGUUCUCAAUAUCAGGAUUUUCCUGUUCAGUUACAGAUCACAAAAGCAACAGGAGAAAUAAUCAGAUAUGAUGAUAACAUUUUACAAAUACUUUUGUCUGUCAUUUCACCUCAUGCACAUUAUGCAAUAAAAAAUGUUCUGUGUACUA